GAAGAUGCCGAACUGGGGCGGGGGAGCCAAGUGCGGGGCCUGUGACAAGACCGUGUACCACGCGGAGGAGAUCCAGUGCAACGGCAGGAGCUUCCACAAGCCCUGCUUCAUCUGCAUGGCCUGCAGGAAAGCGCUCGACAGCACCACGGUCGCCGCCCACGAGUCGGAGAUCUACUGCAAGACCUGCUACGGGAAGAAGUACGGCCCCAAGGGCUACGGAUACGGGCAGGGGGCCGGGGCGCUGAGCUCCGACCCCCCCUCCAGAAACCUGGACCUUCAGCCGCAAGAAUCCAAGUCUCAUCGUCCAUCGUCCAGUCCGAACUCCAGCAGGUUUGCACAGAAGCUCGGGGGGUCUGACCGCUGCCCCCGGUGCUCCAAGGCUGUGUACGCAGCAGAGAAGGUCAUGGGAGCUGGCCAGCCAUGGCACAAGACAUGCUUCCGCUGUGCCUUCUGCGGGAAGAGCCUGGAGUCCACCACCGUGACGGACAAGGACGGGGAAAUCUACUGCAAAGCUUGUUAUGCCAAAAACUUUGGACCGAAGGGAAUGGGUCGAGGGAAUGUGGGAACGCUGGACGAGAGGGACUGA